AUGUUUCUGUUCUCCAUAUAUUUGACAGUUUUGAUUGGAUUUUAUAGAGUCCAUGCCGAUUCAUCUCUUGAUGAAAGAGAAAUACCUCUUCAUGAUGAAGCUAAACUACAUAAAGAUUUACUACAUGACUACAAUGUUGACGAUCGGCCCGUUCAAGAUUAUAAAAAUACUGUAACAGUUAAAUUAAGGAUUGCUCUUAAAUAUAUCAGUUUUGAUUCAUUAGAAGAAACUUUCACGAUGCACAGUUGGAUGGCGCUGACAUGGAAAGAUGUGAAUUUGAAAUGGACCCCAUCCGACUACGGUGGUAUCAAGGAAAUUCAGAUCGAAAGUCAUGAAAUUUGGACGCCGCGCUUGGCUUUAUUCAAUGCAGACGCGUCCUUAUAUCAAUCGGACUCUUUUUACACGACUUGUCUUUUAGCCUAUGACGGGAUAGUUACAUGCGUGCCAUCAGUAGCACAUACGGGUAUCUGCCGUACUUCGUUGCGUCGUUGGCCUUAUGACUCGCAGAACUGCACAUUGUUUUUUGGAUCUUGGAUGCAUACCGGUGAGCAAGUUAACUUUACAUUCUAUCAAAAACAACCCGUGGUAACGGAUGACUACCAAAAUGGUCCAGGUUGGCGCUUAAUGAACGUCUUAAAUGAGCGUUUACCAGGGAAGUACAGUUGUUGUCCAAACACUACUUAUCCAAUGUUGAAGUAUACAUUUGUAAUGAAGAGAGAGGCGGCUGGUCCAGCCGCGAUUGUCGUCGUUCCUUCUAUUGUCAUAGUGAUUCUCACAUUGACCUCGUUGGUGUUGGAUGUGAAAGAUAAUACAAGACUUUUAAUGACAUGUUUUAGUCUUUUCGGGCAUUUCAUUUUUCUUACUGAAAUAGGGUACGAUAUCCCUAAACACAGUUCCGAUACGCCUAUAAUACUAUUAUUUGUUCGUGAUUCGAUGAUUGUAACCCUAGCGGCUAUAAUAGUUACGUUAUUACUAAUGUCAUUGAGACGACGCAUGCUACCACCACCGACAUGGAUUGUGUCCAUCAACCGUCUUGUUAGUAAUGGCCCUGGAAAAUAUGUAAUAUUCACUGAGUUCGAUCCUAACGAUACUACGGAAGUAAAAGUUCUUUCGGAAGACGGCAACAGCUCCAGUGCAAACGAAGAUAGAACACGCAAUGCGGCCGAUUGGAUUCAAUUCGCAAAUUUACUUAAUAGUGUUGUAUUCAUAACUGCUCUCAUUGUUUACCUCAUUUUGAUUAUUUCAUAUAUACCACGUGAUAAUUAA